AUGCCAAUUUUUCUUCUUGGCUAUUGCUUUGUUCUCAACCAGAAUGAAAUCUUUCAACAAAAUCCGCUUGAUGAUAAAAAAAAGGCAGUGGUGGCUUUAAGUGGAGGAGUAGAUUCGGCAGUAAGGAGUCAGCCAACCAAUAUUUGUUCCCAAACUCAGGAUUGGAAUGAUGCCCAAGAAAUCGCUCGCCAAUUAGAUAUCCCUAUUUACAAAUUAAAAAAAGGUCUUACUCCCAACCCAGAUAUUUUAUGUAAUAGUGCGAUUAAAUUUCACUAUUUUGUAGAACAUGUAAAAAAAAACUUCGUAGUUGAUUUUAUUGCUACUGGACAUUAUGCGAAAAUAGUUCAUGAAAAAGGAGAAUAUUAUCUAAAUAAACCCCAAGAUAAAAAUAAAGAUCAAACUUAUUUUCUGUGCCAAAUUGACCGUCAUUUGUUGAGUAAAAUAAUUUUUCCUUUGGCGGAUUUAACCAAACCAGAAGUUCGUCAAAUUGCCGAACAAGCAGGGUUAAUUAAUGCUAAAAAAAAAGACUCCACUGGUAUUUGCUUUAUUGGUGAGCGUAAUUUUGAAAAUUUUUUAGCGAAUUAUUUUCCAAAGAAAGAGGGAGAAAUAAUCAACCUUGACAGCCAAAAAGUAAUUGGUAAGCAUUCUGGAAUUCCUUAUUUUACUCUCGGACAACGCCGAAACUUAGGUUUACAAGGACAAAAAAAACCGCAUUAUGUAGUGGGGAAAAAUAUCGAAAAAAAUAUAGUUUAUGUGGCGAGUGUAACCGAAAAAGAAUUAAAAGAACAUUUUAAUCAACCAAAAAUAACUGCUAAGUUUCGUUAUCGACAACCAGAAAUUCCGGUCAGAGUUUUUCCUCUAACUGAUUUUAAGGAAUUAAAAGUAGAAUUUUCGGAAAAACAGCGCGCCAUUACUCCCGGUCAAUAUGCAGUUUUUUAUGUGCCUUAUGGACCUCUCUUAAUUUCAUCGAUUACACCAAACAAAAGUCAAACCCCGAACGAAACAAACGAGGAGUAA